AUUGAACAGAGCUGGGAGGAAACCUUAGUGGAGAUUGCUUGCUUUGACUGUGCCUUGUUCUGCAACAAAGGAGGUGAAGGGGGAACACAAUGAAUCUAGAAAAACUCAGCAAACCAGAAUUGCUGACACUGCUGAGCAUCUUAGAGGGGGAACUGGAAGCCAGGGAUCUGGUUAUCGAGGCAAUAAAGGCACAGCAUAAAGAUCGGUUUAUCGAAGAACGAUAUGGGAAAUACAAUCUCAGUGACCCCUUGCUUGCCCUGCAGCGAGACUAUGAGACCCUUAAAGAGGAAAACAAUGGCCAGAGGCCUCCGGUGUGUUCUAAUCCCUUGUACAUCUUGAAGGAAGUGAUGAAGCAAUGUAAGACCAUGCAGGAGAGAAUGAUGGCCCAGCUAGCAGCUGCGGAAAGUCGACAUAGAAAGGUUAUUUUGGACCUAGAGGAGGAGAGGAGAAGGCAUGCACAAGAUGCAGCUGAUGGUGACGAUGUUACUUACAUGUUGGAAAAAGAGAGGGAGAGACUGGCGCAACAGCUGGAAUUUGAGAAGUCACAAGUUAAGAAACUUGAAAAGGAGCAGAAACGACUUUCUGCUCAGAUUGAAGAAGAGAAAUCGCGUCACAAGAAGCUGUCUUCUGUACUCAUGAAAGAGUGCACAAAAGCUAACAAUCGUGCAGUGGAGGAAGGGCAGAGGGUUGAAGAUGUAAACUUGAAACUAGAAAAAGUUAAGGCUAGAGUGAACCAGCUGGAAGAUGACAUAGCACUGGAACAAAAGAGAAGCUUACAAAUGGAAGCCCAGGUUGAAAAACAGCUUUCGGAGUUUGAUAUUGAAAGAGAACAACUGAGAGCUAAACUAAACCGGGAAGAAAACCGAACCAAGUCCUUAAAAGUAGAACUUGAAUCCUUAAAGAAAGCCUUCCAAGAAUUAAAAGAUGUCCCUCAGGCUCAAGAAAUGUCUGCUAAAAAUACUCCAGAACUAAUAUCAAAUGUAUCAACAAGUAAGCCAGAGGUUAGAUCCAUCUCAUGCCAGACAGAAAGUGUACAAGUUGAAAAAAGUAUGGUGGACGGGCCAACAAAAUCCCAUGUUCCAAUCUCAACUCAGACUAAAAUCCCACAACUGUAUUCUAAAGUAAAUGGUCAUUGUAGCACAACUGUACAGAUCAAUGAACAUGCUUUAAAAUUAAAUGUAGGAGAAAAUCAAAGGGAGAAGUUGACAACCCAUGAUAAUGUUUCUGAAAAUGGGAGCUCCCCAGUCAGAGUAGAAUCUCCUCUGCACAUGGUGGCACAUCUCCCUUCCAGUGGAGCAUCCUCUUCUCCUAGUAGCACAGCAGCCUCCUCCUUAACAUCUUCUCCAUGCUCUUCCCCAGUACUGUCAAGGCGCCUAAUUGGAGCAACAGCUAGCAGCCCUGGAUAUCAGUCCUCAUACCAAGUUGGCAUCAACCAGCGUUUCCAUGCUGCCCGUCACAAGUUCCAGUCUCAGGCUGAUCAGGAUCAACAUGUUACAGGUCUACAAAGCCCACCAUCAAGGGAUUUGUCCCCAACUUUGGCAGAUAAUUCUGCAGCCAAACAGCUGGCGCGCAAUACAGUCACUCAGGUUCUGUCUCGCUUUACUAGUCAACAGACAUCUAGUAAAUCUGUGCCUCCCAAUAGCUCUCCUUUUGGCACAGACUAUAGAACCCUUGCCAGUACAUCUAACCAGAAAAGUGAUGGAAGCCACUCUCCAAACCCUAUCAAAGUUUCCAGCCCUCUCAGUCCAGUAUCUCCAGGUAUAAAAUCUCCUACCAUAUCGAGAGUUGAACGAGGGAACCCACCACCUAUACCUCCUAAGAAACCAGGUCUUGCUCAGUCGCCAGCUUCACCAAUCCCACCAGCCAAAGCAUCCAACCAACCUGCCUCAGGGGAUGUUUCAAAUAAUUACUGUUCUAACAAUGGCAUACUAACAAAUGUGAAAGAAAUAGAAGUCAUGUUGCCAUCUGGCAGCUAGUGUUACAUCAACCUAGCCAUGAAUUAAAUACUUUAAAAACUAUCAAAUUCAGCCAGUUCCAUGUCAGAUUGCUCCAUACACAUGUGAUGAGCAAACCUAUUUAUUUUGGUAGUAAAGGAACAUUGUAUAGAACAUUUACUUUCUAUUUGCUUUGCCUACUUAUGUAGGAGUAUUGUUUCCCUAUUUUCAAACCAAUUGUAUCUCAAAACAGAAAAUUAACAUUUAGUCUUACUUAAAACUAAAUCAAAAUAAAGAAACAGCUCUUCACGCAACCAUACAGAAAUCAAAAGUGUGAAAAUGUUUGCGGAAUGUGAGGUUGAAAAAAAUAGUUUGACUUCGUGCCUGAAAAUCCCAAGACGUGAUCUUUCGAAGAAUCUGAAAACUGAUUUUUCAGUUGUAUUUGUUUUGGAUAUCAUGGUAAGAAAUCUGGUGGCCAAAUUUUCCAAUCCAUAAAUGAAGUCUAUUAAGAUUACAAUAUUUGAAUAAUCCCUUGUGAUUCUUAAAGUAUGACCAUGUUUCAUUAAUUAGAAUCCACUCAAGAUUAGAGGUCACAUCAUCGGAUUAAAAUACUUGCUUUGUAAAGAAGGUCACUUUUUAUUUGUAGUUUUAUAAAUGCAAUAUUAUUUUUCACUGACAUUGGCAUUGCUUAUAAACCUUGGCAAAGAGCAAUGGUUGCAUUUUAGGUGAUGGCCACUUGGUGUCACUGUAGAUCGUGUUGUUGACUAGCAUAAUAUUACUUUAUUGGGUCUUCAUAGAACUGUGUAGUACGAAGGCACCAAAAAAACAUGUAGAACGGAUCUAUUACAGGAACACUCCAGGCACCAACACUACUUAAAUGCAUUUAAUAAUUAUUUUUUUUUUUAUAUUCCUGUUCGUAAUCUUUUUCUUUUUUCUAAACUUUAACGUUCUAUAGCUACUUGCUUCCUUUUUACAAACCAUUUUUUAAAAUUGGUUCUUUCUAACUGUAGCUCAGCCAUUCUGAAAUCAGUAUAACUAAGUAGCUUUAUUUAUUUUUUUUAAGCUAAACUAAAAAGAUAUGAAUGUGGAGAAACAGAGUAUGUUUACAAGGUCAACCCCUAUCACAUGCAUUUCAGUUGGAUUGAUGCCUGAAGGUAGCCUGGUGUGUCCUUUUUUAACAUAAGUGACUUGUGGUGAGUUUCAAAAUCAAUCUCAAACCAGAUGAGCAGUCUCUAAUUCUGCUACAACAUACUGUGCAGUGAAUAAGCCCAUAUAUAAGGUUCCGUAUAUAUCAUAAUCAAGUCAAUAUAUGAAGUCAUAUUGGAAAAUUAAUAGGUACAGCAUAUGUGCUGUCAUUUAUUAAUAUUUUACUGAUGAGUGGUAUUUAGGUCUGUGGAGAGAGUUUCAUAGUAGGUUAAAAGUCCAGUUUAAAACCAUGAGUGCAGGAUAAGUGCAUAUUGACCAAAAAUAAGAACUUUCAUAUG